AUGGCUUUUAAGAAAAAUGAAAGUAAGUGGCCAAUGUUAUCAGUUCUAUUUGUUGCAUUUCAAUUCAUAUAUCAUGUUUCUAGCCACAACUCAACCGAAGGAUCAUUGGAUUUGAAGUCAAAAGGGACUAUAAAAACAAUAAAGAUUGAUGAUGAAACAAUUGACUGUGUUGAUAUUUAUAAACAACCAGCAUUUGACCAUCCUCUAAUCAAAGAUUUACAGAUGGAACCUAGUUACUAUCCUUUUGCAAAGAAAUUGGAUUCAAAUUUAACAUUAGAUAUGCUUCAAGAUUGGCACAAAAAUGGGGAAUGUCCCGAAGGCACCAUCCCUAUAAGAAGAAAUAAAAGCUCCGACAAUUUUUACCCGAAGAAGUCUUCUUUCAUUAUGCGGCACCAAAUUAAUCAAAGUCUUAACCAAGAUAACGGACACGAGUAUGCUAUAGUAAGUGAUCACGGAUCAUCUUACUAUGGAGCCAGUGGGGUAUUUAAUUUAUGGAACCCUAGGAUAGAAAAUAACGAGAUAAGCUUAUCUCAAAUGUGGAUUAUUACAAGUUAUGAUCAACAAGAUUUUUACAAAAACAUGAACAGCAUUGAAGUGGGAUGGAUGGUCAGUCCAAUUUACAAUGAUAGAAAAACAAGACUCUUCAUAUAUUGGACGAGCGAUGGGUAUAAAACCAAAGGUUGCUACAAUCUUAAUUGCCAAGGUUUCGUCCAAACAAAUAGAAAAUAUUCAUUAGACUUGCCAAUAUCACGAGUUUCGAUACAUGGUGCAUUAAGGGUGAUAUCAAUUAACGUAUUCAAGGAAGGAGAUAAAUGGUGGCUUCAAGUGCAGGGUAUUAUAUUAGGGUAUUGGCCUACGGUUAUCUUUACCGACUUAAGAAACAAGGCUAAUCUUGUCCAAUGGGGUGGGGAGAUUGUGAAUCAAAGAAAUUAUGGCCACCACACAACUACUCAAAUGGGUAGUGGUGAAUUCCCAAAUAAAGGCUAUGGUAAAUCAUGUUACAUUCGUUCCUUAAAAGUGCUUGAUCAUGGUUUAAUUCCAAGAGAUCCAGGAUACUUGGUAAAAACAAUAUCGAAACCAGCAUGCUAUGACUUAACACUUACAAAAAACAGGCCGGGAUCCUCGUUACAAACAUUUAUCUUAUAUGGAGGUCCGGGAUUUUCUUCAACAUGUCAAUGA